AUGGCUGCGCCUCCAUUCGGUCACCAACAGUUCAUGCAGCAGGCGCCACCGGCCAACGUGUUUGGUGGAGACGACUCCGACGAGGAGGAAGAUCUCUCGCCCAUCAAGAUCUUCAUCGAGACGCCCGUCCACGUCAGCGGCGACAACAACAUGGUCGGCAUCGACGCCGGCCUGACCGCGUCCAAGGUCGCGGACGCGCUCGUGUCGAGCCUGAAGCAGAUGAGCUCCGCCUCGGGCGGCGUCCCCAUGAUCGAUCAGGAUGGCCGGCCGCGCCCCAUCACCGUGAAAGUCAAGGCGGAGACCAAGAUUGAAGGGUCGCGGAACGUGGUCGGGGAGCGCGCGGUCCUCUCGACCCUGCAGGCCACCGGCGCGAAGAAGAAGACCGAGGACACGAAGGAUGGGAUCAAGCGGGGGAGGGCUGGCAGUGAGCCGUUGACGAUGGUGUCUAAGAGAGUCAAGAAGGAAUAG